AAAUAUGAAUUAUUAUUAUUUUUUGAAAAAUAUAAUUAUGGCCAGCGAGUUCGCGCGCCUCCUUUACAUCUUUUCAAAACCCAUUUCACUAUUUCAGAAUUCAGACACACUCUUCUGACUCUCUCUUCCUAUCCGCCAUGGAUACCUCUCUCAUUUCCAAGCUCGAAGCUUCGGACUCCGUCGGAAUCUCUUCUCUCUUCUCCCACCACCUCCGCUCUUUCUCAGAUCUCAAAAACCUCAAGAAAACCAAGAAAGCUACCGCCUCCAAGGACGAACAGUCCCUUGCUCGCUCCCUCGCCAAGUCUUUUCUUCCCUUCCUUAAUACCUCACUUUCGAUUAUCCCCAAGCGCCUCGCCGAACCUUCGAAAUUUGGCUCCGAGCAAUUGGCUGUGGAAUUCUUUGACAUUUACAGGCUGUGCUUGGAUUGCUUGGAGUCCAUUUCUUCGCAGCUUGAUUGCAAACCCCAUACCGUACAAGCCCAGAGGGUUCGGAUGGUGCAUUGUUUGGAAGCAUGGGCCAGGUGGAAGGAGGCGAAGGAGGAAGCAUUGAGAAUUUUGGAGAGUGUUAGUUCCGGUGCUAAGUCGUCAAAAUCAAAGCGAAGUUUGCUGCCGGUUAUAGGGGAAGGUAGUGCUGAUAAAAGUUUGGGAUUGCUGAUUGUGGAAAUUGUUGUGACGCUCGUGAAAUGUGCUUCGAUGGAUCAGAGUAAGGGUUGUGAGGAUUUUAGGAGAGUACUUCUUUUGGUGGAAGAAGCAAGACCGUGGUUUAGGGUAUUAGAUGCAAAUACAUAUGAGAAGUUGCACAGGGUGCUUGUUUCCCACUUGGGAAGGUGCACUCUUUUAAUUUUUGGGGAGUUUACAAUCGUUGAUGAUGAUUUGGCACGUGAUUUUUGCUUUACAACUAUCGGUGAGCAUGCCAAGUCAAUAACCAAAGAUCAAAUGUACAAGUUUGCUCGUAGGUUAUGCUCUUCUUUAUUUGCACUACAAGAUAGCAGAUCAGCCUUGAUCACUGAUAUACUAAUAGGUGUUAUGGAUUCUCUUGCCCAUGAUGGAAAGGUGCAAAUAGAAAUAAAUGCAAUGGAAUUUGUUGAAUUGGUUGCUUAUUGUGCCAAUAAAUGUCAAGCAAAAAGCCCUGAUAUUUGCAAUGCCAUUGGAGUCCAUCUAAACAAAAUAGCAGAUGAUUUCAAUCAGGUGAAGACACCCUUUUGUUUGAUUCUAAGGGUUUAUGCUAAGGGGUUACUCUUUAUGCAUUUCAAAUUGAAGUCAAGAUGUAAUGAUCGUACAUCAUCUGGAGGUGUAAUAAAAUUCUUAUGUGAUUCAGCGGAUAUACUGAAGAAUUUAUCGUGUUUACUUUGUUCUUUAGGAAGUUACUUUCAUGUUGGGUGCCAAAAUAGUUGUGCAUCCUCGAGUGACGAUUUUAAGGAUGCCAUUUGUCUGCUAUGUUCACCAUGUAUUUCUCACAAUGAGGCCCGUACAAGGUGGAAUCAUAAAGAUGGAAAGGCUUACCUUAUGUCAUACUUAACUGCAUUGAAGUACAUAUGCCUGCCGCUUGCAGAAUUAGUAAAUUCAGAAAAAAAAGAGAUAAUAAUUGGAAGCGAGGCUGCUGCUGUUUCUAGCCAACUUUCUGACAUACAGGUGGUGCUUGAUCAGUUUUGUGAUGUUUUCACUUUUAGUAAAAGGUGUAAAUGUACUUAUGAAGGAGAGAUAGAUGGAUGUGAUGAAAGCAGCAUUCUAAGUAUAGCCGUAGCAUUGUUUAUUGUCUCCAUCAGAACAAGUCUUAAUACACAGAAGAGUGUGCACGUACUUAAAGAUGUGAUUUCUAGUGAAUGGAUUCAAUCUCAAGGGUUAAAAUAUCUCUAUGGUUCUCUUUACAAUACUGGUGUAAUUCUCUACAGGAACAAGCAACUUAAAGAGGCUUCAAAGGCAUUGAAGUUAAGUUCUACAUCAUCAUGGACUUGUGCUUUACAUCUUUGUGACACAGCUUUACGGAAACCAGAGGAGUCCAAUUCUUCAGAAGAUUCUAUUAUCAAUUUUGUUAAUGAUUCAUGUGCAAAAACUGCUUUUCUUUUGGAGGUUCUCCAUCAAUGUGACAGUGAUAAGACGAAAAGGAUAAUUGCAGACAGCCUAGAAAAUUGGUCAGUUGCUGCAAACCUAUUCAGCAAGCUUCCAGGUCCCAUGCCUUUGGUGAAACAAUGGGUGAAGAAUGAAUGCAAAAGACAUAAAAAUGAUGAUGUUGAAGAUGCUGCAUCAACCUUGUACCAUGUUUUGUCAUCUUCAAAAAAAGUGUCAAAGAGAGCAAUGGGAGUCAUCUUGGAGCAGGAACUUCUUGCCUAUGAACAAGUGACUGCUCUCCAUCCUGAGCUGUGUCAGAGAAUGCAAAAGAAAAUUACAGCUUAUCUCUUGGAAGAAUUGUGUGUUACUUCAGAAAAUUGGUUACAAAGAUCAAGGAUUUUAAUGAUAAAGGGAAGAUCAUUACGGCUCAAUGGAAUCCAAUGUUUGAAGGAUUGUAUUCAAUGCUUGUCAGAAGCAAUAUCAUUGCUUCAGAAAAUGAUGUCUGGUGAAAAAAGUAGCUAUGGAAUUGAACCUUACCAUCAAUUAGCUGUGGCACAUUGCCUUCGGGCGUUCUGCACUCAGGAGGCAGAACCAAAUUCAAAGCAAGUCCUGGAAGAUAUCAGAAUGGCAAUUAAUUUAUGGUUGAACAUUAUUACUCCAGAUUGUUUCUCUGCUGAAGAAAAGUGCUUUAGAGCUUCUGAAAAUAUUAUUAUUUUCCUGUAUAGUAUUCUUGAUUUGUUAUCAGUUAAGGGUUGCAUGGACUACCACUAUGAUACAUAUAAGUUGAUGAUCAGAUUGUUUUAUGGGAAAGGGGUUCCACUGGAGAAGGUCUUGGCUGUACUGUGGGAAGGUAGGAGGACGAGACACAGUCUCUGCAUUUCACCGGUUAAUGAGGCAUUCUUAAUGAGCUUAGCGGAACACUAUGCUGAAGAUAGCAAGUCUAUAGAUUUUUGGAUAAAGUGUUUGAAAAGCUCCCAACCCUUGCUAGCUGGAUUCCAACAUAGUUUCUCUUGUCUUUCUGCAAACUUUCCUCCAGAGUCCCCUGAACAUGACAGUUCUUUUUGCUCAGAUAUGAGUGAGGAUGAAGUUAAAAAAGUUGCUUUUGAGCUCAUUUCAAGUGUUCCUUCUUCCAGUUCUGUUUUUAUGGCUAGCUACCUUUUCUAUGAUUUGAGUGAAAAGUAUAUUUCAGAUGGGCAUAUUACAAAGGCUCUUUUUUAUGCAAAACAUGCUCACCAGUUACGCAAUAAAUUAUUUGAAGAGAAAUUUAAGUUCUGUGUGAAACAUCAUACUGAAAAGUCCAAUGAAACUGGGGAUGUUGCUCAAAAGUUUUCCUACAGCAUUCAAGAUCUGCAGGUGCGCAGAUCAGUUGCUAAUGACUUUUGGUCCUUUGAUUCUAUAUCAUGGGACCUGGAAAGCUGCUAUCUUAGUCCAUGGACUGUACUUCAGUGUUACCUUGAAAGCACACUUCAGGUUGGUAUCGCUCAUGAACUUAUGGGCAAUGGAUCUGAAGCUGAAAGUCUUUUUAUUUGGGGAAAAAGAAUAUCCUGUGCACAAAACUUGUCACUAUUUAUGGUUGCUUUCUCUUCUGUUUUGGGUAAGCUAUACUGUAAGAAGCAAAUUUGGGAUUUGGCAGAAAGAGAACUAAAAGGUGCCAAGCAAUGCUUUGAUGAUAGACGCUCAGAAAUUUCUUGCUUAAAAUGCAGAUUGAUGCUGAAGGUAACUAUUGAUCAGCAUCUUGGUGACUUAUCCCAAAGCACUAUGGUUGAUUCAAGUGGGAAAUUAUCUAUGAAGAGUUCCUUUCAUGCUGAGACUUUGUAUAAAUCAGCUAUUGAUCUGCUAAAUCUUUCUGAUUGGGAUAGCUCUGCUAGUUUACCUAAUGAAGCUAGUGCUGGGAACAUUGUGCUUCAACUUGAAAAAGGCGUUGAUUACAAUGUUAGCAAUACCUCUGCUCAUACUGAAGAAGCGCAAUUGGAUAUAAAUAAACCCUCUAGAAAGGGGGCAAAAGUAAAAAACGAAGUUAAAAACUGUAGAAGGACACGGAAUUCAACAAAAGUUCUGUUGAAGGAUGAAGAUGUAAUACCUGAGAAAGCUUUUAGGUCUACUCGUUCCAAGUAUCAAUCCUCUCAGAACAAAAAUAUAUCCAGCAACGUACAAGUUGGUUGUGAAAGUGAUAGUUCUGGCACUUUUAGUGAGAGGGAUUUGAUGUUGGAAAUUAAAUCUAAUAAGAAUGCUUUUGGGAACGAAGACAGCUUUUGCAACAAAAUGAGGUGCUGGCACUGUGUUCAUUUGGAGGGUACAAAGAAUGGUUUGAUUGUCAAUGCUAUAGAUAUGAAGUGGGAAUUCAUCCGCCGGAAGCUUUUGCUAAAGCUACUCACAAGCUUAGGAAACUACUUUGGGGAUCGUGGUCAAAUUCAUGAAGCGCACAAAUUCUACUUCCAAGUUUUAUUUAUCCUUGUUAAUCAAGGCUGUUUCCAUAUAACAAGCUCAUCUAUUUCUCUCAUUCCCAUGCUUGAUAUUAUUGGGAAGGAAAUCUCAGGGGAUAUGUUAAGUGUUGAGCGUGCAGAAGUAUUAUACAACAUAAGUUGGCUUUCUUUGAAAGGCUACCAUUCCAGGCAUACCAGGAAUAAUUGCUGUGAUCUGUCUCAUAUUCAGCCACAACAUAUAAUCUCCUGGUUAAUGCAAGCUUUUGUACUUUGCCAGGAAGUUCCUAUUCUCUUUCAGAAGGUCUCAAGGUUGCUUUCUGUUGUGUUCAUACUUGCUGCUUCUGGUGAGCUUUGUUCUCUUUCUUCAUCCAAAGCAAUCUCUGAAAAUCAUUGGGCUGCAUACUUUCAUCAAGCUUCACUUGGGUCUCAUCUUAAUUAUCAAAUCAUUACUAAUGACUAUGGGAGACAUGAAGUCCAUCAUCUUGCGAAUGCUGUGGAUUCAAGCAGUACUGGCUCAAAUUGCUUGACAGCAGAAAUGCCGAAACCUAGGUUUGCACCUGAGUCUACACAAGAUUUUGAAGAAUUUGUGGAGAAUUUUUUUCAGGGCCUUCCUUGCACAACUGCAAUUUGUAUAAGUAUGCUUGGAAGUUCUUAUGCUAAUUUUUUACAAGAGAUCCUACAUCAUUCUUCAUGUGUUAGUGCGUGGAUGCUAGUAUCACGUUUGGAUUCUAAGAAUCAACCUAUUGUUGUCCUUCUUCCAGUAGAUUCUAUAAUAGAAGAAGUUUCAGAUGAUGCUGGAAGUUCUAGCUCUAGUAAUUUAUCUCAAAGAAAAGAUUCUUGCAAGCAUUGGCAAUGUCCUUGGGGUUCCACCCUGGUGGAUGAUGUAGCUCCAGAAUUUAAAUUGAUAUUAGAAGAAAACCACCUAUCAAGUUCAACAUCCUCUUUAGAGGAUACAAAAGAGAACAGGAAAUUAUGGUGGUCAUGGAGAAAGAAUCUUGAUCAUCGUCUAGGUGGAUUCCUUAGGAAAGUAGAGGAUAUAUGGUUGGGACCGUGGAAAUAUCUACUUCUCGGGGAGCGGUCUAGCUGCAAGCGCAUGGAGACUGUACAGAAGAAGCUGACUCGGUAUUUGAAAUCUAAAUGCAAAAUAGAUGUAAAUGAGAGUGUUCUCAAAGUUAUUCUUGGGGUUCCUAGUGAGGCCUUUGAAGAAGAGGAACUCAUUUCACAGUUAUAUUUGAGUAAGGCUUGCUACAUUGGUAGGAUUGGUUGUGAGAAACUGUCUAGUUUGGCCUUGGAACAAAUCUGUGAAGCAGUGAAGGAGCUUGAAAGUGAUGGCUCUAUGGAUCGCCAACCAAUAGUGUUAAUACUUGAUUCUGAUGUGCAGAUGCUUCCAUGGGAGAAUAUUCCUGUACUAAGAACCCAAGAGGUUUAUCGCAUGCCUUCUAUUUGGAGUAUCUCCGCAAGACUAGAUAAAAGUUACCAUUGUCAAGACCAAGUUAAAACCUUCCCCUUCAUAGAUCCCUUGGAUGCAUUUUAUUUAUUGAAUCCUGAUGGUGAUCUUAGCUGCACACAAAAUGAAUUUGAGAAUUGGUUUAAAGAUCAACAGUUGGAGGGGCAGGCUGGAGUUGCACCCACUGCUGAAGAAUUGUCUUCAGCAUUGAAAAGCCAUGACCUCUUUAUAUAUUUCGGGCACGGAAGUGGAGCACAGUAUAUUCCAAGGCAUGAAAUACAAAAACUGAAAAACUGUGCUGCAACUCUCCUUAUGGGUUGCAGUAGUGGUUCGCUGACACUGAACGGCUGUUAUGUACCCAAUGGUACUCCACUAUCCUAUCUGCUAGCUGGUUCACCUGCAAUUGUUGCCAACCUAUGGGAUGUCACAGAUAAGGAUAUUGAUCGCUUCGGAAAGGCCAUGCUCAAUGCCUGGUUGGAAGAAAGGGUUGGUAACUCUUCGGGCUGUGAUGAAUGCAAUGUACUAUCAGAAGAGCUUGAAGCAUUGAGCUUGAAGGGUAAAGGCAAUGCUAAAAGGAAAGUCUCAAAGAAAAAAUUGGCCGAAGCUAGCGAGCUAGAGUUAGCAACGGGUUGUUGCUAUCACAGACCAAAGCUUGGGUCUUUCAUGGGUCAAGCUCGUGAAGCUUGUACACUGCCUUUCUUAAUUGGAGCUUCACCGGUAUGUUAUGGUGUUCCAACAGGUAUACGGAAUAAGAAGGAUUUAUAGUAUCAUGCAAAAAUGGAGUAUUUUUCUUCCAAACCCUUUUUGGCUGGCCUAGGAUUUUUAUUUUCUAGGCUCCUCACCGAUAUAGUUUAUCAAAAUUAAAUUGCAAAUUGAAAAUUCAGGAGAGUCUCGACUAUAAUUAGCAUAGGAAACACCUGGCACCAUCUAACUUUGUACCUUGGUAGAAAUUGGCUUGCGAUUGUUAGCCCUGAGAGCCCUUAAUUGGCUCUAUACCAUCAUGAAAAUGUUGACCCAUUUUUCUCAAGGGUUGGAAUAUUCAUUCUCUAAUUGUAUGUAAAUGUAAAAAACAACUAUAAUAUAUAAUAUAAUAUAAUAUAAUACAUCGAAUUAUAUUUUCUGUC